AUGAAUAAAGACAUUAUGCGCUGUCACUUUAGAGCUACAAAAUGCGGAACUGAUCCUGCUGGAUACAGAGCAAGACAACAUCUUCACUUUGUUGCUUUAUAUCCAGAACUCAGUGAAAGAUUAACUGAGCAAAAUGUUGCUGACAGAUGUAGAGCGAUUACAAGAAGACUCCUCUUACCAAGUAUUGAAAUUGUUCAGAUUGAACAAGAAAUUUUGGAAGAGUUGAGACCACGCCAAAGAUUAAGCCUCUUGAGCAGAAGGUCUGAAACAGAACAUAGUGUGGCAGAAAUACCACAGCAAGUGGAAGUCCUAAAUGAAAUUCAGCCAGAACCAAAUAUGGAAGAAAUACCAAAUCAAGGUGAAGAAGUUUUGAAUAGAUACAGAGAUUCUUUGGGCCCCGGAGAUAUUUUAUUUCAAGUAGCUUUUGAUAAUUUCCAGGAAGCCUACAUAGAAUUUGAAGGUAUGGAUCCACUUUUAAGACCAAGGAUUCCAAAAGUUCCUGUCACCAAAAAAACAUUGAAUCUAAUAAACCAUAUGAAUAAUAUAAUCGAUGCGGAACUUCAGGGUUGGCAUGAGUUAACACAUGUUCAAAGUGUUAUAUUUUGUGCAGCGGUGGCAAUCACAAGAACUCUGCACGGAGAAAAAAUAAGACUUACCCAAAAACUUCAGGUAUUCAGUGCUCGUUUGAAGAGGUAUUUAUCGAUUAGAAAACGAAGAGAGGAUAAUAAGGCCUUUAAAGCUAACCAAAGGAAGUUUUAUGCUAGUCUAAAUGGAAAUAGCAAUUUGGCAAUAACACCGAUAGAAGAUAUAACUCCUUUUGAGAGGUUUUGGGAAAAUGUGUUGGAAAAACCAGAAACACAUAAUAACCAAGCAACAUGGUUAACCGCUUUUCAACAGUUUCCACUUAUGACGAGCAGUCCAAUAAGUGUUGAAGAUCUUCGGGAGGUGCUUAGCAACUCCAUUAACUGGAAAGCCCCAGGGCCGGAUGAACUUCAAAACUUUUGGCUUAAAAGAUUAACAAGCGCUCAUCCUCAUGUUGUUCGAUGUUUCAACAAAAUAUUGGAUAAGGAACAAAGAAUUCCAGAAUUUUUUACAAAAGGGCGAACCUUUCUUAUCCCAAAAAAUAGAGAUACGGAAAAUCCGAGUGCUUUUAGGCUAAUAACAUGUUUAGUUACAUUAUAUAAAGCUUUUACUGCCAUUAUAAGCAAUAGAAUUUGGCAGCACUGUGAUUCGAAUGGCAUAAUCCCAUGUGAACAAAAAGGAUGCGCUAAAAGAUCCAGAGGAUGUAAGGAACUGAUCACGAUUGAUGCUAUAAUCGCCCAAAACUCAGUUCAUAAUAAUCGAAACUUAAGUGUAGCUUAUAUUGAUUACCAAAACGCAUAUGAUAACGUACCCCAUUCAUACUUAAUUGAAGCAUUAAGAAUUCACGGAGUGGAUAACAAAAUAGUGGAAUUCUUUAUGUAUUCUAUGGACCAAUGGAAAACGACUAUACAUGUUGGAGGAUCCACAACUAGGGAGAUAUGUGUGAGAAGAGGAUUAUUCCAAGGAGAUUCUUUUAGUCCGCUGUGGUUUUGCUUGAGUCUGGCGCCCCUUAGUAAACUGCUAAAUGAAUCAUCGAACGGAUACAGGAUCGAGCGAGAAAUGAGUAUCACGCAUCUUCUAUAUAUUGAUGAUCUUAAGCUAUUUGCGAGAUCUAGAAAACAUCUUCAGAGUCUUCUCAAUAUAGUGAAGAAAUUUAGUGAAGAUAUAAAAAUGAACUUUGGGUUCGAUAAGUGCAAAGCGGUGGAAAUGAUACGUGGAAAAAUCGAAAGAACUGAAGGUUUUGAUUUUGCAGAAGGGACCAUUGAAACGCUACAAGAAAAUGAACCUUAUAAAUAUCUUGGAGUUCUGGAAAUGAAAAGCAUACAGCACACAACAAUGAAGCAGCAACUAAAAACAAGUUUCAUUGAAAGAGUAAAAAAGUUAUGCAAAACAAAACUCAACAGUGGUAACUUAACAAAAGCCAUUAAUAGCUUCGCAAUUCCUGUACUCUUAUAUUCCUUUGGUUUGAUAAAGUGGAGUGAGACUGAUUUGGAAGACCUUCAAAGACAAAUAAGAGUAGUGCUGACGUCGCAACGAUUUCAUCACCCUAAAUCGGCGAUUGAGAGAACAACUUUACCGCGAAAUGAAGGUGGGUUGGGAAUACUAGAUCUAGUAAACCAGCAAGGCAUGCAAGUGGUCAAAUUAAGGCAGUAUUUCAUGGAAACUAGUGGCAAUCUCAGGUAUCAAAAAAUCAUGGAGAUGGAUAAAAACUUUACUCCUUUAAAAUUAAGUGAGCAUGAAUAUCAGCCCCAUAUUUUUACAAUUUCGAGCCGAGUCGAACAGUGGAAGGCGAAAGCUAUUCAUGGAAAGUACCCCUUCCAAUUGAAUUCUGUGGAUAUAGAUAAAGCUAGGUCAACCGAAUGGCUUCAAAAGGGACAGCUGUUUCCAGAAACUGAAGGUUUUAUCAUGGCAAUUCAAGAUGGAGUUGUGGCAACAAGGCAGUAUCGGCGAGCCAUUCUUCAUGAGGAUAUCGAUAACGGUUGCAGACGAUGCCACCAAUCCCUAGAGUCUAUUGAACACAUUUUGAAUGGAUGCUCAAUGUUGGCAAACCACGAAUACCUUAAACGGCACAAUGAUGUUGCCAAAAUAAUCCACCAAGAACUCGCCUUGAGGUUAAAGCUCAUUAGCUCCAAGAAGCCAUAUUACGAAUAUGAAGCGGACGAAGUAAUCUUCAACAACAGCUACAAACUAUAUUGGGAUCGCCAAAUGAGUACGGACCACACAAUUCUAGCGAAUCGCCCGGAUAUAGUGUGGAUCGACAAAACAAAUUUGUGUGGGUUCAUAAUAGAUAUAGCGGUUCCGUUGACGGCCAAUCUAAAUCGAACAUUUGGUGAAAAGUUAUCGAAAUACGCAGAUCUAGCUCACGAAGUUAAACAACGAGAAAAAUUAAGGAGUAUUCGGAUAGUACCAAUUGUUGUAUCUAGUACGGGUAUGAUUGGAAAUAACGUUAUGGAGGAACUAAAAAGAAUGCAAUGCGACCACCUUGUGCACGAUAUAUUGAAGUCCAUCAUAUUGAAUAGCUGCAGGACCGUACGCAAGUUUUUGGAACAACCGUGA